GUCACACAGGUCGAGGAAACCAAUAUGGCCGCCUGCAAUACCGGAAGUGGGAGAAGUCAGAAUAACGAAGGACUUCUGUAAUUAUGCUGGGUUUAUCCAUAAAAGAGGUGUGUGCAGCUCUGAGGGAAGGAAAGCUCUCAGCGACAGAGCUGUGCAGAAAAUGUCUGCAGCGAAUCAAGAAGACACGCCACCUCAACGCCUACAUCACUGUAACAGAGGAGCUGGCAGUGAAACAGGCGCAGGAAGCGGACGACAGGCUGCUCAGAGGUAAACCUCUCGGUCUGCUGGAUGGCAUUCCUUUUGCUGUAAAAGACAACUUCUGUACAAAGAACAUAGAGACUACAUGCGCCUCUCGCAUGCUACAAGGUUAUUUUCCUCCGUUUAAUGCUACAGUGGUACAGAAGUUACUGGAUCAGGGGGCUGUGCUCAUGGGGAAGACCAACUUGGAUGAGUUUGCUAUGGGAUCAGGCAGCACUGAUGGAGCGUUUGGUCCUGUGAGGAACCCCUGGAGUUACACUGCUCCGUACCGGACGCUCCGCCCUGGAACAGAUCCGGACUCUGAUUGGGUGAUUACAGGUGGGAGUUCAGGAGGAAGUGCAGCCGCUGUGGCGUCUCUGAGCAGCUUCCUUGCCCUGAGCUCCGAUACAGGCGGUUCCACUCGUAACCCCGGCUCUCUGUGUGGCGUCGUGGCUCUGAAGCCCAGCUAUGGUCUGCUGUCUCGUCACGGCCUCAUCCCCCUCGUUAACUCCAUGGACGUCCCCGGCAUCAUGAGCAGGAGCGUCCACGACACGGCAAUCACACUCAAUGUCCUACAGGGUCUGGAUGUAAAAGACUCGACCACGGUCCCGGCUCCUGAUUCUCCCGCUGCUCUCCUUCAGGAGUUUGAUGUCGGAGAUCUUUGCGUGGGCGUCCCGAAGGAGUACCACGCUCCGGGUCUGUCGGACGAGACGUUGUCCCAGUGGACGCGUGUGGCAGCCAUGUUUGAGCGAGCGGGGGCGCGGGUGUGUGAAGUGUCGCUCCCUCACACUCUGUACUCCAUCGUGUGCUACCACGUGCUCUGCUGCUGCGAGGUGGCGUCCAACAUGGCGUGCUUUGACGGCCUGCAGUACGGUCACCGCAGUUCAGUAGAGAGCUCAACUGAAACGCUGUACGCCACCACACGGCACGAGGGCUUCAACGACGUCGUGCGGCGCAGGGUCCUCUCGGGAAACUACUUCCUGUUGAAACAGAACUACGAGCGCUACUUUGUGAAGGCUCAGCAGAUCAGGCGUCUGAUCGCGGAGGAUUUCCGGCGCGUGUUCUCCUCCGGCGUGGACGUCCUCCUCACGCCCACCACGCUCAGAGACGCCAUGUCUUACUCAGACUUCAUCCAGGAGGACAAUCGCACUCGCAGCGCGCAGGACGACAUCUUCACUCAGCCGGUCAAUUUAGCAGGUCUCCCUGCCGUCGCCGUCCCGACGUCCCUCUCCAGCCGAGGACUUCCCAUCAGUCUGCAGCUGAUUGGCCAGCACCUCCAGGACAGGAAGUUGCUGACGGUAGCUCACUGGAUGGAGCAGCAGCUCGAUUUUCCCCUCCUCCGUUUUGACAACGAAGACGACGCCCAGGAGACAAAAUCGGAGUGGGACAGAGACCGAGAACACACCUCAGGGUUGUGAAUGAUGACGUCAGCUCAAAUCUGAGAGAAAUAAAAACCAAGAUCCUAAAUUUCCAUGCUGCAGAAUCCUGGGUUCUGAUUGGUCAGAAGGUGUUGAGGGCUGGAAGUCUUCCAUCUUCAGGAGGGAACAGCUGUUUAUAGCUGCUACAGUGCAAGCGAGAAAUUAUUCCAUGGACAACAUUUCUACAACAUUAAAGGCAACUAUAAACGGAUAAAAAAGUGUUGUUGUUUAUUCAAUAAAUGGUGAGCAUUUUGGUGCACUAUAAGAGAAAUGUAUAAAACACUUUAUCAGAAAUUAAUCAACUUCACAGUGUUAACAGGAACCCCACUUCAUCACGCUGACCCAUCACUGAUUAUUUUCCUGUAAAAGCAUAACACGGAGGUUGGGGAGGACAGUUCUGUGCAGAUUUUUUUUAGCACUUCCUGUAGAGUAAAUUCUGGAACAGAACAGCAUGUUAUUGUUUGUGGAGAUUUUUGUCUCUUUUUCUUUUUCCCCCACUAAUUUCUCCUUAAUUUAUUCGUGGCCGGUUCCCACCCACCAGACACCUCUCCCCGUAGCCACCAAUCAGAGAGGGCAAAGGUCAUGACGCACUUCCUCCGAGGCACAUGACACCAGGGGGCGGGGUAGCACACAAGGAGGAAUGUGGUAUCCGCCCACUUCUGCAUCCCUCAUCUCACAGACGCCUGUGAUUCGCUCACGUCACUGUAAUUGACCGACAGGUUUCAGAGGUGACCCUGUGGAAUGUACCGGAAGGCUGAUAUAAAAGCCUGAAAACUGAUUCAGUGAAGGAGAAACGUUCAGAAUGAGGUGAUGACUCGAACCACAGAGGAAGAGCAGACGACCCUCACUUCCUGUCCUACAGGCCGAUUUCUACACUGUACGGCAAUGACGCUCGCGAAGUAUUUAUACCUCCACGUCCUGUAGGAGACGCUGUCACAUGAAACACACCGGAGUUUACUGACAUUAAAAAAGAGCGAAAAAACAAUGAAAGUUUCACUGUUUAAUAAAAAACACGGACAGGA